AUGGCAAUGGCCGGCGCAAGACGACAACGGCGGGCACAGGACGACAGCGACGGGCAUGACGACGACCACGAGGGCACGACGACGGGGGGACACAACGACGACAACGAUGACGGCGGCAGGGGGGGCACCCUUCACCCCGCCCUCGUCCCUCGUCCACCCCCUGUCAUCUGCCUCGCCCUCGCCCUCUCCCUCGCCCGCGCCCUCUCCCCUUCGCCCUUUCGCCCUCGCCCAUUCGCCCACCCUCUCGCCCUCUUGCCCAUUCGCCCUCUCGCCUUUGCUCCCACCCUCUCGCCUUUGCCCUCUCGCCCACCUCUCCCUCUCGCCCACCUCUCCCUCUCGCCCACCUCGCCCUCUGGCCCCCUGCUGGAGGGCAGGACGACAACGGCGGUGGGGGCACUCUGCCUCACCCUGUCGCCCUGUCGCCCUGUCGCCCUUCGCCGCGCCUUCUCGCCCCUCGUCCGCCCCUCGUCCGCCCCUCGCCUCCCUCGCCCUCGCCCUCUCCCUCGCCUGCGCCCUCUCCCCUUCGCCCUUCGCCCUUUUGCCCACCGCCCACCUUGCCCUUUCACCCACCUCGCCUUUCACCCUUUCACCUGCCCCUUCGUCCCUCUCGCCCACCUCGCCCUUUUGCCCGUUUUGCCGUCUCGCCCACCUCACCCACCUCGCCCCUCUCGCCCACCUUCUCGCCCCUCGUCCAUCCCUCGUCCGCCCCUCUCCCCCCCUCGCCCGUUCGCCCUCACCUCCGUCUCCUCGCCCUUCACCUCUCACCCUCCACCACUCGCCAUCUCGAGGGGACCCUCCGACCAGCGAACGACCAGCGGAGGGCGCAAACGAGCAUCCGAAGAGGCCCAACGAGUGACGAAGGGCCCCGAACGAGCAGAGGAGGGGCAGAUGGGGGCAGAUGGAGAGCGCGGAAGGGGCGGAGAGGUCCCCAACCGACCCCAGCAGGCGGCGGAGGAGCGGAGGGGUCCCGAACUGACCCCAACGAGCAUGGCAGGAGGUGGAGAGGACCCAGCCAACCCCAGCAAGAGGCAGAGGGGGCAGAGGAGCCCUAACCCACCCCAACAAACACAGGAGGGCGGAGAGGGCCCCAACGAGCGCAGGGGGCGGGGCGGAGGGACCCACCUAGCACACGCAGGGCGGAGAGUACCACACCGAGCACAGGAGGAUGGAGACGGCGAGGAGGAGGCGGAGACGCCCACCGAGGGGCAGCGGAGGCAGCGGAGGCGGUAG